AUGCCACCAACCACAAUGCGAGCCGUCGUACUCAAAGGCGACUUCGAGGUGGCCGUCGAAGACCGUCCAUACCCCAAGAUCCAAAAACCGACCGACGCGAUUCUGAAAGUCUCGUCCACAGCUCUCUGUGGAUCGGAUCUGCAUUAUUACCGCGGUCAUCUCAAGUGUCCGCCGAAUUUCAUCUGUGGUCAUGAGUUUGUGGGUUCGGUUGUUGAGAAAGGGGAUGAUGUUAAGGGGUUUAAGGAAGGCGACAAAGUCGUAGUCCCCUUCUACACCGCCUGCCAAGAAUGCUACUUCUGCGUCCGUGGUCAAGCAUCUCGUUGCUCCAAAGGCGAGCUCUUCGGAAACUCUGUACCAGCAAAUACUAUCGACGGCGGGCAGGCUGAGUAUGUUCGAGUUCCACUUGCGGACACUACUUUGGUGAAGACACCCUCGAAUAUCCCGGAGGAAAUGCUCGUGCUCAUGGCGGAUAUCUUCCCCACGGGCUAUUUUGCCGCGUCACGAUUUCUGAAGAAUUUGCCGCAGCGGGAUAAGGAUGAGUACACGACUGUGGUCAUUGGGUGUGGGCCAGUUGGUAUCUGUGCAAUUACUUGUGCUCUGACCAUGGUGAAGACGGUAUAUGCUAUCGAUAGCGUGCCGGAACGACUGGCAGAGGCAGAGAAGAUAGGCGCGAUUCCUAUAAACCUGAACGACAACCCGGUCGAGAAAAUCAAAGCCGCUAGUGGAGGACGUGGAGCAGAUGUGGUGAUGGAGGUUGUGGGCCACGCCGAUGCUUUCAUGCUUGCAUUCGAUAUGAUUCGUCCUUGGGGUCAGAUCUCCAGUAUUGGUGUGCAUACCGAGCAGCUGCCGUUGAAUGGCUUGUUGUGCUAUGGCAAGAACGUUACGAUGUCGUUUGGUCGAUGUCCCGUGCGGAGCCUGUUUGAAGAGGCGCUGGAGGUACUUGUGAAGGAGCAGAAGAAGGUGGCGUUCUUGUGUGGGAAGACAAUGAGUCUAGAGGAUGCCCCGCAGGCUUACAAGGACUUUGAAGCGAGGAAGGUGCACAAGAUUGUGUUCAAGAUGCCGGGUGAAGAGGUUGGUGGUGCAGUUGCGGAAAAGGUCUGA